AUGCGACGAUUGACGGAAGCCGAAUAUCUCGACAAGAAGAAUCGUGGAGUUUGUUUUCGUUGUGAUAAGAAGUUUCACAGAGGGCAUGUGUGCGAACAGAAGGCACUCCAUGUCAUGUUGGUUGCCGAUGACUUAGAAGGGUCCGAAAGUCAAGAAUCGGCCCCGUCCAGCCCAGAAUCCGGUGACGAAACAAUGCAAGAAGAGCAACUGACGAUGAUGUCCCUGAAUUCGUUAGUGGGAAUAUCAUCAGCCCAUACAAUGAAAAUAUCAGGCACCAUAGCCAAGCAUCCAGUAACGGUGCUCAUUGAUAGCGGAGCCACACAUAAUUUUGUGUCGAAGGAGUUGGCUCAAGCGGUUCAUCUACCGAUUACAGUAACAACCGCUUACGGAGUAUUGCUGGGAACAAGAGGCCGAGUGCGUACAGAAGGCAUUUGUACAAACGUGGAGCUGGAGUUAGGUUCGUUACGGGUGGUUACAGACUUCUUGCCUUUGGAAUUGGGGGUUGCUGAUGCAAUUUUGGGCAUUCAAUGGCUGAGUACGUUGGGCAAUAUGCAGGUCAACUGGCGAACAAUGGUGAUGAAAUUCGAAGUAGGGGGGUCGUGGGUAACAUUACAGGGGGACCCCAGUUUGUGCAAAUCACAAAUCUCCCUGAAAGCCUUAAUUCACUCGGUUCAACAAGAAGGACAAGGAUACUGGAUUCAGUUUGGGGCAUUGGCAGCCAAUACCGAGAACUUGUCUACAACUACGUUGUCCGAAGUUGAGGAUAUAUUACAGAAGCAUGAUUCGGUUUUCCACAUGCCGAGAGGGUUGCCUCCUCCGUGUUCUCAUGAGCACCAUAUCACGAUGAAGGAGGGGUCGGGUCCAAUAUCGGUUAGACCGUAUCGAUACGCACAGAUACAAAAGGAUGAGAUAGAGAAGUUGUUGAUUGAAAUGUUACAGGCAGGAAUAGUACAGCCCAGCACGAGCCCUUUUUCGAGCCCGGUACUCCUCGUAAAAAAGAAAGACGGCAGCUGGAGAUUUUGUGUUGAUUAUAGGGCCUUGAACCGCGAAACAGUCACUGACAAAUUCCCUAUUCCAGUGAUAGACGAGUUAUUAGAUGAACUAUAUGGGGCGAAGGUCUUUUCGAAAUUGGACCUUAAAUCCGGAUAUCACCAAAUAAGAGUGGCAGCAAGAGAUAUAGAAAAGACAGCUUUCCGUACACACGAGGGGCACUACAAAUUUUUGGUAAUGCCGUUCGGCCUAACCAAUGCUCCAGCCACGUUUCAAGCCUUGAUGAACGACGUCUUUCAUGAGUUUUUGAGAAAAUUCGUGUUAGUCUUUUUUGAUGAUAUACUCAUUUAUAGCACAUCACUGGAGCUUCACUUACAGCACCUGGAUUUAGUCUAA